AUGACCAGUUCAGUAGCCGCUGGUCAUUUGGCAGGCGUCGGCAAAAGGCGAACUGCAAGACUGUCGAUGCACGCUCGAUCGAUACCAUCAACCAGCGCCGAUCUUAUCAGCAAUAAUAGCUCUGCUCACUCUCUUAUCAGUGAUCCUUUCAUGCACACACCACUGCAAGCGGAACCCCAGUUCCUCGAAUGA